AUUCCAACAAAAACUUCUGUUGACGAGCCCAGUGCCUCCGUCGCCGGCACCGUUCUUCCGUCGUCGGCUAACCUCCCGUCGCCCUCAAUCAUCGGAAAACAAGUAAGUUUAUUUUUUCCGGCCAGUUUUCCAGUUUUCCGGCAAGUUUUCCAGUUUCCCGGCAAGUUUUCCAGUUUUCUGGCGAAAAACAGGGCGGGCCGAAAAAAACUGCGGCCUAAACGCCGCCGAGCCGAAAAAAAAUUUCGGCCGGUGCGACGGCCGGCCGAAAAAUUCUUUCGGCCCGGCGACGCCGCGGCCGCAAAUUUUUUUCGGCCGGUCGCCGACCUCGCCGCCCAAAAAAUUUCCGGCGGCGUGUUCGUCGGUCGGCCGAAAAAAAUUUGCGGCCGUGGCGUCGCCGGGCCGAAAAUUUCUUUCGGCCGUCCGUCGCACCGGCCGAAAAAGUUUUUCGGCCCGACGACGCACCGGCCGCAAACUUUUUUCGGCCGGCCGACGCACCGGCCGCAAACUGUUUUCGGCCCGGCGGCGCACCGGCCGCAAAAUUCUUUCGGCCCGGCCAGUUUUUGUAUUUAAUUUAAUUUAAUACGAUAAUUAAUUAAUAAAUAAAUACUUAAUUAGUUAGUAGAAAUUAGCAAUUAGUGUUAAUAUUUAUUUAAGUUGGUGUAUAAAUGUUUUUUUUUGUAAUAGGCGUUUGAAUGUUUAAUUACUUAGAUUAGUUAAUGGAAUUUUAAUUAAUUACUAAUUGAUUUAACAAAUAAUGUUAAUAUUCAGUACAUUAGUUAAUAGAAAAUUAAUUAAUUUGUGAUUAAUUAACAAUUAAUUUUAAUAGUAUAUUAGUUAAUAGAAAUUUAAUUAAUUUGUGAUUAAUUAACAAUUAAUGUUAAUAUUACAUUAGUUAAUAGAAAUUUAAUUAAUUUGUGAUUAAUUAACAAUUGAUGUUAAUAUUACAUUAGUUAAUAGAAAAUUAAUUAAUUAGUGCGCAUCUAAGUAUGAUAUUUUGUAAAUUUGUAGAUAAUUAGAUAUGGAUGAUGCGGGUGGGGAUGAGUUGUAUAGAUUCAAUGGUAGGAUUGUUGAUGCAUCAGCACGAAGGAAGAAUAAGGAGAAUAAACGCUCUCGAGAUAUUGGACAUCAGUCACAGGCAAAUUUAGGGGAGGAUGAGUUAGAGGCUCCUACUGUAGUUGCUCGUUCGGCAUCACGGGCGUCUGGUUCCCAUAGGAGGAACCAGGGUGCUGCAUCCAGAGUGGUCUCGGAUGAGUUUGAUGAGGACGAUAGUGAUGAGGAUAUCGAGGUCCCUCCACCUACGCGUGGACAUGGACGAGUGCCGUCUCGUACGGCAACAUCACGUCCUGCUAUGUUUAGGGACCGAGCUGGGCGAUUCGUACCACCUGCUCGUCAGGAGACAGAGAGCUCGGGGACUGGACGGAGUAGGGGAGGACGUUCGAGUGGUCCUCCACCGUGGGAGCUUGUUGGUGAGUGUCCUGGUGGACCUACGGAUCCUAGCCUCAUUAGGAGCUUUCGUGGCCACGUUGCCUAUGCGCUUUGGACGGGGGCUGGAGAUCGAGGGGUCAUCAGUUGCUACAGCCGUACAUCGGCGGUUGCUUAUUUGAGUAGCUACGUGUUUAGUCAUGUUGAGGCGGAGAAUCUGGUUCAGCAGUCAGGUCUCCAGCACCUGAUGUACUCUAUGUUUCGCAAGAUAGCGAUUGACGAUGCUUUGAUCUCAGCUUUUGUGGAGAGGUGGCAGCCAGACACGAACACCUUCCACUUGCCUUUUGGAGAGAUGACGAUCCUCCUCCACGAUGUUCAGUACUUACUGCAGAUUCCUGUUGAGGGGCGACUGAUGAGUAGGAGUUCUGCGCAGCUUGACCAUCCGGAGGCGGGUUUGUGUGCGCUUCUUGGGAUGAACUCGGAGCAGUUGAGUGGUCGUUCGGAGGUCCCUGGAUAUAAUAAUAGGGGUAAGUGGUACGAGAAGGGUGGUUUUCUUGCAGAGAUGGCGUCCAGAUACUUCCAGAUACUUGGUCUCACCCCCGCCUUCCUCAUUAAUCUUAACCUCUCUUUUUCAGCCUCACUAAACUGUUUGUUGUGUCGGUGAUGUUUUGGAUGCAACACCUUUUCAUGGUUGUGAAACCCUCUAUUAGCUCCGGUUUCACGACUUGUCACUCCCACCAUGACCCAUGUAUUUGGACCAUCCUUUUGCCAUACUUCCUUUAUACAUAUCUGAAACUGGCAACCAGUACCCUUAGAACUAAUAUUCCCACGCGUCUCCUUCGUAGGGUCUGGUUUAUAAGACUUAACGAUCCUACUACUUCUAUCGCAAUACAUACAGAGGGGAGUAACAGGAUUCUGUCCAGCAGUAUUCGGUUUCCAUGCUCCUCUAACAAUAAAGAACUCACACUGCUGAGGGAUUGUUCUUGCAGCUAACUCAGCUAACUCCACACUUGCAUAAUGGAUCCCAUUCUCAAAUUCCUGUGUGUAAUCAUGAUCGGCCGGUAACAACUCUGACAUUUUUCCUACAAUUACAAUAUAAUAUAUCAAUAUUC